CCCUCGGUCAAACUUCAGAUUAGAUCCUAAGAAGUCGGGUCAAUUGGUCGUUUUUCCAAAAUUUAUUCUUAACUCACCUUAAUCAAUUUAACAAAUAGUAAUUAAUAUUCCCCAGAAUCUUUUCAUAUUACAGAACCAAUUUGCAAAAAACCACAUUAGUACAUUAUAUAAAUCCAAAAAAUUGCAGCUCAAAUCACAUCACAUGGUAACUAAUUAAUCCGACUGACAAAAUCUCUGUGAGAUUAAUAUUUUUUGUGUUUUUUUUCCCAAAUCCCAACUGAUAAAACUUCCACGCACACACUGACAGUUGCAUUCACUAAAUCAGCACACACAAUAGCCAAACGACGUCGCAUUCGCGCUUGCCGGAGAGAUGGCGGAGGAGGACGUCCUCGGCGGCGGCGGCGGCGGAGGUGGAUUCGUGAGGGCGGAUCAGAUAGAUCUGAAGAGCCUCGACGAGCAGCUCCACCGGCACCUCAGCCGAGCUCUGACUAUGGAGAAGAAGAAGCAGGAGAAUGGAGGGAAGCAGCAGGAUGAAUUGAGGGAGAUUCCGGUCAGGCACGGCUGGGAAAUCGACGCCUCGAAGCUCGUCGUCAAAUCGGUACUCGCGCGCGGCACUUUUGGCACCGUUCAUCGCGGCGUUUACGACGGACAGGAUGUUGCAGUAAAACUUCUCGACUGGGGUGAAGAAGGCCAUAGAACACAGGCUGAAGUAGCUUCUCUUCGAGCGGCCUUCGCGCAAGAAGUUGCUGUAUGGCACAAGCUUGAUCAUCCCAAUGUAACAAAGUUUGUUGGAGCUACGUUGGGUGCAUCAGAGCUCAACAUACAAAAAGACAACGGUCAUAUGGGAAUGCCGCGUAAUGUCUGUUGCGUCGUAGUCGAAUAUUUACCUGGAGGUACACUUAAGAAUUUCUUGAUUAGAAAUUCGAGGGCAAAACUUGCUUUCAAAGUUGUUAUUCAACUAGCUUUGGAUCUUGCACGAGGAUUAAGUUAUCUUCACUCUAAGAAGAUUGUGCAUAGGGAUGUGAAAACAGAGAACAUGUUACUCGACAAGAAUCGAACAGUCAAAAUCGCUGAUUUUGGUGUUGCACGUGUCGAGGCUUCAAAUCCUAACGAGAUGACUGGGGAGACUGGUACCCUAGGUUACAUGGCACCCGAGGUCCUGAAUGGUCACCCUUAUAAUAGGAAAUGUGAUGUAUAUAGUUUUGGUAUUUGCUUAUGGGAGAUAUAUUGUUGUGACAUGCCAUAUCCAAAUCUUAGCUUCUCCGAAUUGACUUCAGCUGUUGUGCAUCAGAAUCUGAGACCAGACAUACCUCGAUGUUGCCCAAGUUCAAUAGCAAAUGUGAUGAAACGAUGUUGGGAUGCGAAUUCGGACAAGAGACCCGAGAUGGAUGAAGUGGUUUCCAUGGUGGAAGCCAUUGAUACAUCAAAAGGAGGAGGCAUGAUUCCUCCUAAUAAAUCUCAAGGUUGUUUCUGCUUUCGCACGAAUCGAGGACCUUGAGAAAUUUCACCACUUGGUCAUAAAAAGGUCAUUAAUUUGAAGUUUGUACAGUGUUGAUGUAAUCAUGUAACUGUUAUUUAACAACAAUUCCGGACAUAAAGAUUAAUAAGUUUUAAUGUGAUACAGUUGACACUUAUGAUGUAAUAUUGAUGAGUAUAUGGAUUCGUGGUGUUUGGAGCU